CAAAUCCUCAACUAAGACUACUUGGUUUCUGGUUUAAUUUCCAUUGAGUUUUAAUACAUCAAACCAUGGCUUCCAAAGCUACUGCCACUCUUGCCUUCCUCCUCGCUCUUAAUCUCUUUUUCUUCUCUCUCGUCUUUGCCCACAAUGACCGUUAUGUUUCGUCAAACCCUAAUCAUACACCUAUCCAUGAGGAUGGAAAAAAGUGCCUAAAAAAUACUCUUAAGCUUGGAGUUUGUGCAAAAUUGCUCGGUAAUCUUGUUGAUGUUACGCUCGGCAAGUCUUCAUGUUGCCCUUUGAUCCAAGGGCUUGCUGAUCUUGAUGCUGCUGUCUGUCUUUGCAGUGCUCUUAAAGCCAGUGUGUUGGGAAGCAACCUCAAUAUCCCACUCUCACUCUCCUUGAUUCUCAAUGCUUGCAAUAAGAAAGUUCCAAAUGGCUUCCAUUGCUAAACUUAGUAUCUUUUGCUUCAAUAAUUAUUUCACAAUGUUUAAUGUUUAAUUUGAGGGUAUGUGGUUUAGAAUA